AUGCCAAUUGAACCAAGCUUAAUCGAAGAGAUGAAGAUGGGUUAUUCGUUACCUGCUUUGUCACCUCAUACCCCUUCCCCCCACCCUUCUACUCCUUCCCCUCUUAUUCCUACUCCACCUCCCAGGAAUUCUACCAGAACUUGUCGCCCUCCUACAUGCCUUAAGGAAUAUGCUGCUUCCUCUCCUGCUUGGCAAGAGGCCAUGGUUAAGAAAUUUCAGGCUCUUAAAGCCAAUCAUACUUGGGACAUUGUUCCACUACCCCCUAACAAGAAACGCAUUCCUUUGGAGGUUUCUGACACUUCCCAAGGCUUUCUUAUCAGUCAGACUAAGUUCACCACUAAUUUACUCUCUGAAUUCAACUGCCCGAACUUCAGUUCUGUUACUAUAUCCCUGGAUUCUUCUCUCAAGCUCACUGCUAACAUGGGAGAGGCUCUUUCUGACUCUAGUGGUUAUAGGAGAAUUAUUGAGAAGUUGAAUAUUCUUCAGCACACUAGGCCAGACAUUGCUUUUUCAGUCCAACACCUAAGUCAUUUCUUGCAGGCUCCUCAGAUUCCUCACAUGAUGGCUGCACUCCAUGUUUUGAGGUAUUUGUCCAAUGCUCUAGAUCUGGGCAUACUUCUGCCUUGUUCUUCUAAUUUGGAUCUCAAGGUUUUCUUUGAUUCUAACUGGGCAGUUUGUGCUCAGUCUAGGAGAUCUGUUUCCGGGUACUACAUUACUCUUAGUGGUUGUCCUGUUUCCUGA